AUGACAUUCACAAUUAAGAUCAAGAACGAGUUUCAGCCACACACCAGCCGUUCUUACUGUGUAGCUGCGCAGCCCGCCGUUGUGAAGGACGAAAAAAAUAUCACCGUACUGCCGGAAGACCAAGGACUGAUGACGCCUGCAUUCGCCGUCACUGACCUUCUCACCCACGGUUCUGUUGUCUCAGUGACCUUCCAAUAUGAAUACUUUGCUUUUGUGGGCAUUCGCAAGUCCGAAAGCAACCACCCUAAAAUCCACCUCACUAAGAGCGUCCCCGUUUCGCUCGGAUCUGGAAACGAAAACGGAUCCGUCGUCCUAGUCGACUGGGGAAACGACUCCAUCGACAUCAACGUUGCCGCGCAGAAAGAUCUUGAAGAACAUCAACUGAAAUUGGCCCCCAAAGACUCGGUCCGUAUCAAAUGUCUCAGGCCUUCCGACGACGACAAAAAGACAAACUACGUGGUUGGGCUCGCCCAGCGUCUCAUCGCCGGCGAUGAUAGCACCAAUGCGGAGGAGGAUCCAAUCCCCAUCACCGCCGUUGCCUACCACAGCGAUAAGCUCUAUACAUUUUGGGCGUCUGCGAUCAUGGUCGUCAAUGCGACCGAUAGAACCACCCUCGAGGGCGAGGUUCUCAAGCCUAGUACGCAGAUGGUUCCGGUCGACUUGAGCAGCGUCAGGAAGAACAGGAGCCCUCAGAUCUCCUUGACUGAGAAACAUGACGGCUUCUACCUGAGCCGAACAACUCGCGUCGUGGCAAAGACACUGUGGGAACUCUGUACCUCAGGGGUUUCCUCGGAGCCGCCACCACGAGCUCCCCAGCAGCAGCCUCCGUUGCGCAAACAAGCCGCCCCGCCCAAGUGGAAGGAAGAAGCUGACAAGUUGGGAUUCACGUACUUCCGACAGUUGCACGCAUACAAGUUCCUCACGAAAUACAACGCCACGCAACUGGCAAGCUUUCACAGCGACGAUCAAAUCAAGAAGAUCGCUAUGAACGCGAAGAUCUGGGGCGACAAGAUCCGCGCCAAGGACGGGUAUAGUGACGAAUACCUAGACGACCUUCUGGUUCUAGCGUUGUUCGACACAAUCCUCUUCCUAGACAAUUCAUGGUCUAUGAACGACUCCAACGAGCCUACUGAGGAGCUGCAAGAUAUUGCCGGGAGUAUUGUGGAGGUCGAGAGCAUCUAUGACAACACGCCGUCUGUCCGUAUCGAGUUCCUGAACGGCAAGCCCCGAGACGACACCGCUGAAACCGCGGACGAGGUGAGGGAACUAAUUGCUAACAUAAACAACUUCGGAACCACUCCGCUCGGAGCCCAGCUCAGAAAGAAGAUAUUGGACCGGUUCGUGUACCCCAAGCUGCAAGCAAAAGGCACUUUCCGGCCAGUGCUCAUUUGCGUAAUCACGGACGGAUGUCCCGACCCUGCCGAGAAGGGCAGAUUCCAAAACGAGAUUGAUGAGUGCAAGAAACUCCUUAGGGAUCGCGAUAGGACAAAGGUUGGAGAAAAGCAUGUGCUCUUUCAAAUCUCCCGAGUGGGAAAGCUGCGCGAGGCCGAACAGUUUAUAAAAAGCCUCAAAGCUGACCCGGAGCUAAAGAAUAUCCUUCACGUCACCUCUUAUCAACAGCUCGAUUUUACAGACGACAGCAACGACCCUAUCUUCACGUACUCGGCGGCUAUCUCGAGACUUGCUGGCGCUGCCCUCCUUGGUCUCAAACGCGACGAGAAUGGCGAGUUGGUUUUUCCAGUGAGCCACUAG